AAAAUGCACGAGCGCAGAGAAAGCCUUUCUUUACGGCACACAAAUCCACGUUGACUUUCUACUCGACAAAGACAGCAUCAAAACGUGUCAUUUUUUCCUCAGAGAAUCUUUGGUAGGGAUUGGUCUGUACCACAUUUAAACUUAUUGUGGCGGAAAGUUAUAUUACAAAGACCCGACCGAGAAAACGGCCAGUCAGGGUUGCCUCUCCGUGGUACAAUGUUCCCAGUGGUAGUACUAUUCGCGAUCGCAGUCGCCGGCGCCUCUGAACCCACCACGACCAAAACCUACGACAUUGAAGUACCCGGCUCCGAGCCGAUCCGCAUCGUCGAGGGCGAGCCCUUAUGGAAGACGUCGCGGUUCGAGCACCGCUCGUUCAACACCCGGGGAAGUACCACCGAAGACCCGCUCCACCAGUUCCUCACGAACUACGCCGAAUCGGUCCGACACAAAAACCAAGAGGCGGAAACGCCCGAAAAACCCAAAAGUUGGGACGUGCUCAAGUACCAAAACCACCACCACCCCUACGACGACAAGAAGGGCUGGGUGAGUAUGGAACCGGUGCCGUGGUCAGUCUCGAAAAUCUCAAAGUGGCAAAGCCACCACCGGCCCUCCGAGCAAGAGACGCAGGUACGACCAUGGGACAGACCCCACCAUUACGACAUCUACAACCUGGACCCCAAACCCACGGCCGUCUACGGCCAAAAAGUCCAAGUGGAUUAUGGCAACCGGUACCACCACAAGCACAACGAGAACUGCAAACACAACUACGAUGACAUCAUCACCGACGGACGCCCUGCGGACUUCCCCCAACCCUACGAAGCCAAUCGGCGCAAAGGGACGGAAAUCAGCCACGAUGGUCACCCGUUUUCCGGCGAGGGCGAGUGGGUACUGCUUUCGACAACCAAAGGGUACAAGUACCCCCAGAACAGGCAACGGGCGCUCCAAAUCAACCCUGACUCGAUCGGAGCGCACCGCAGUGUCCGUCUGACGGUACUUCCCCCUUUGAAAAACUCAAAAGUUAACAUGACCACGUCCCAUGGAGGCCUUCUCCAGGUGGAGUCAAGCUUCCAAACGGUCGAACAGGCCCACAAACAGUUCAAUAAGAAGCAAAAAAUGAAGAAAAAGCCGGUUAAGGCGCAGCCGGUACGAGUCGUACCGACUUUGACUACGACUCGCCGGAACAGUGCGCCUGAUAGUUCGGCCGUUCUGGCCGCUGUGGGUGCUGGGAUGAUCCCGGCCACCAUGGCUAUGUUGGUACCCAUGGCGCUAGGGGGGCGCAAAAGACGGGAACUGAGUACGCCGUACCCGCAAGUGACACUCCCGCGUAGUUUGUAAUUUAUUUAUUAUACAGUCUUAUUUUACAUGAAUAAAUAUAAGUUUUGGUUUU